CGUCAUUUCCGGGAGGGGACGAAGGGGUAGUUCUUUCACCUCCGCUGGGCUCCUAGAAAAGCCUAGAAACAGCUCCUCUUUUCUUCCGCCUCCGAGUCUUCGCGUCAGCGUCCUGCGCAGGGCCCUUGGGGCGAAUCGCGGUGCGCGUCGGGGCGACCGCCCUCCCUCCCUGGGAGGGGUGAGGGGGGCUAGCGGCGGGGGUUGGGGCGAGGGCGCCUGCGCGCUGGGUGGUUUUUUCACGUGUCGCCAGGGCCGGAUCGCGAGUCUCUCCUUGCGGCGCUACACUAGAGCGGAGUACGAGUCUGAGGCGGAGGGAGUCAUGGCAGGACAAGCGUUUAGAAAGUUUCUUCCACUCUUUGACCGAGUAUUGGUUGAAAGGAGUGCUGCUGAAACUGUAACCAAAGGAGGCAUUAUGCUUCCAGAAAAAUCUCAAGGAAAAGUAUUGCAAGCAACAGUAGUCGCGGUUGGAUCGGGUUCUAAAGGAAAGGGUGGAGAGAUUCAACCAGUUAGCGUGAAAGUUGGAGAUAAAGUUCUUCUCCCAGAAUAUGGAGGCACCAAAGUAGUUCUAGAUGACAAGGAUUAUUUCCUAUUUAGAGAUGGUGACAUUCUUGGAAAGUACGUAGACUGAAAUAAGUCACUAUUGAAAUGGCAUCAACAUGAAGCUGCCCAUUCCACUGAAGUUCUGAAAUCUUUCGUCAUGUAAAUAAUUUCCAUAUUUCUCUUUUAUAAUAAACUAAUGAUAACUAAUGACAUCCAGUGUUUCCAAAAUUGUUUCUUGUACUGAUAUAAACAUUUCCAAAUAAAAAUAUGUAAAUGA